UUAUUGAAAACACGCGCACAUGAAAAACCCACCCCAACAUUCCUUUUUAUUAUUAUUAUUUCUUUCUGUUAUAACUAUAAUUUGUUUUUUAAUAUAAAAAAAUAGUGAUAAUGGUAUCGAUAUCGACAUUUGCCGAUACCGUUUUAUUGCGGCCAUAUUACUCUAUUGAAAUUUUUUGUUUCUUCUGCCACAUUCUUAGUACUCCCUCUGUCUCAAUAUAUCCCAUGUUGAAGUGCUUAUCUAUGUUAUUUUGGAUUAAGACUCUGCUUUUGUUGUUGUUGUUUCAGUUCUAGAUUGCAGAUUUCAGUUCAUUUUGAUGCAAUGGGAGUGUUUGAAAGUUUCACCCUUUCAGAUUGGUGUUAUAGUAAUCAGCAUUGUUUGGAACUAGCAAAAAGGAAUAUGAGUAGUACAAGGGAGACAGCUUCUUUCACAUUAGGAUUAAUAAGUGUUAUUGUUUGGGUUGUUGCUGAGAUUCCUCAAAUUAUCACAAACUACAAAGCCAAAUCUACUGAUGGUCUAUCUCUCACUUUCUUGAUCACAUGGAUCAUUGGAGAUCUAUUCAACCUAUUUGGGUGCAUAUUGGAACCUGCAACACUUCCAACUCAAUUAUAUAUGGCAGUGCUGUAUACCUUUGUAACUGUUUCACUUGGUUCACAAUCCAUUUACUAUGGGUACAUAUAUCCCCAAUCGCAAGACAAGAGACAGCUCAAGGUUGAGACACCAACAAAAGCUGGACAUGUAGAAAAAGUCAGUGAUGCUGAACAGAGUCAUGAAGUUGAUGAUUUCAGUCUGAGUUCUCCUAUUCCUCUUCCAGCACGCCUUCCAAGCAUAUCUACUGGAAGAGAAUUAUUCUACCAGUCAGCAAGAUCUCUGACCAUGACUCAUACACCAACAUCAGGAUCCCUCUUAGCCCAAAGAAUGUCACCUAAUUCUCCUUUUCUAGAUUCUAUGAAAGAGAACUUGCUUGGUACAGCUUUUGCCAGACAAUCUGCCCCGUCUUUGAAGAUCAAGUCUACUCUAUGUUUGGUGUCCACAUUAAGUUUUUUUGGUGUUAUCAAUCUCUAUAAAUCACUAGAUAAAGGAAUUAAUCCCAUGGUUGCAAACCCAAGACAACAAUUUGUGGUUUAUGUUGGAAGAAAGCUUUUUCAGGUUAGUGGGGAUCAAUUGUUGGAAAAUGGUGCAUCAGGAAACAGUAGCAUUGGAACUUUCCUUGGUUGGGCAAUGACAUUUCUAUAUUUGAGUGGAAGGAUGCCUCAAAUUUGGUUAAAUAUCAGAAGGGGACAUGCUGAGGGCCUGAAUCCUUUGAUGUUUCUCUUUGCUUUAAUUGGGAAUGCCACUUACGUUGCAAGCAUACUUGUGAGCAGCUUGAAUUGGUCAACAAUCAGACCAAAUCUACCAUGGCUGGUAGAUGCAGGAGGCUGUGUCCUUCUUGAUUUUUUUAUUUUAAUGCAGUUUUUAUAUUUUCGCUGCCGAACCUCCCCGGACCUGUAAAUAAAUAUAAACAUCAGACAGCUUCUUUUUGCGGAGGAAACAAGAAUAUUCAGUUGAUCAUAAAUAUUGGUGAUUUUCUCCAAUUUCAUACAGAUCUGGAUUAUUUCAUAAAGCUGACUGACAUGAUGUAUUUCAAUCUCCACCAAGUUGGCCUAGAUUUGUGAGCUUGAAGCUGAAUUGAUGAAUGGUGAUACCUGCUUAAUUGUAAGAUCAUUGGUCUGGUGGCCAGAAAAACAAGAGGAAGUGGUUAUGUUAAUUUGAAUUGGCAAUUUUGUUUGAGGUUGAUGCUACCAUUUUUCAUUCCUUUUUGCUUGCUGUCACCCUGAGAAUUUUCCACAUGAUAUUAUUGAUGCCAUUUAUAAAGACAUUAUUCUUCAAUUUUA